UUCUUGGCAUCCCAGAAUAAAGCCUUCUUGCUUGGUGUAAGCGGGAGGUGGGGCUCCCUGUCAGUUGACUCAAGCACAGCUUGCUGUGCCACGUAAACAGCAUUGCUGAGCAACCUUCCUAAGCAGGGGGAGAAGCCGCUCGGGAAAACACGUCUAUGUUUACAAUAGUGAGGAAAGCCUGCAUGAGCGGUCCCAAAGUUUGUCACUGAAGAUGAUGAAUGCUGACAUGGAUGCAGUUGAUGCUGAAAAUCAGGCGGAGCUGGAGGAGAAAACAGGACUUAUUAACCAAGUAUUGGAACUCCAAUACACACUUGAAGAUCUCUCUGCAAGAGUAGAUGCAGUUAAGGAAGAAAAUCUGAAGCUAAAAUCAGAAAACCAAGUUCUUGGACAAUACAUAGAAAACCUCAUGUCAGCUUCUAGUGUUUUUCAAACGACUGACACAAAAAGCCAAAGAACUUAAGGGAUUGAUAUCCCUUAGGUCUUAUGGAAUUGCUGCUGAUCCUUUUCCUUUAACACGUGGAUAGAUUCCAAAAAUUAUAAUAGUUUUGUUUGUGGCUUCACUGAGUAUUUACGAAGCUAAUGUCAGAUCUAGGCAAAAUUAAGAUCACAGAAGACUUCCAUGAGUUUGUGUAUUAUGUUAGUCUAUGAAAAUGGGCAAAUGUAGAGACUUUAUAAUUAGAAUUGCAAAUAUUUGUGAAACUUGAAAAUGAAUGUUUUAUCAAAUUUGCUUUUAUAGGCUUAGCACUGUCUUUUAUUACAGGCAUAGUUAAAGGUAUAAGAGAAUAACCACGAUGUUGUGUGAAAGUGACCAAAAUCACGUCCUGAACGCACAGCUUUCUGUACCCUGUCCACCAUCUUGUGCCUCUUUGCCAUUUGCUUUCUUCUUGUUUUCCUUCCCCUAAAGAAAAAAUUGCUUUCACAUUUGUAAAAAAAGUAAUUCCAAGAGUUAAUCACCUAGGAGAGUAACCUGAACUCUAACCUGUUGAAACUUAACCAAAAUUAGGUACUUUCUCCAUUAGGGCUUAUUUGUUAUGUUUACUAAUAAGAUAGAAUAUUUAGUUCCUCUUUAAUCAAUUGAAAAUUGAGGCUAGGGAGUUCCCGUCGUGGCCCAGUGGUUAAUGAAUCCGACUAGGA